AAAAGAAAACAAAUCUGUCGUAGGCUCGUUCGUCUGCACCGGCGCCGGCAGGGUCUCGUCGGACGACAGGGCCUCAAAAAGGCUCGGAGAGCUACGCCGUCGCCGGUCGCCCCCGCCUCGGGUAUUCGGCGAUGCAAGAUCCGCCGCCGACGGGGGAAACCCCAGACAUUUUGUGGGGGGAUAGGAGGAUAGAGUAGCCUUGCCCUUGAAUCCAACAGUUUUCAGCGUGAACGUGGAUUUGUCCUUGAAGGAGCGUUGAUUUGCCAGGAAAUAUUCAUAGAGAUAACGUAAACGAACUGGAUGUGGACCGAUUGCUCCAAUGUGCAAUCCAAAGGGCUCACCCUCCCAGCAAGAUGAUGAUUCUCGAGGUGGCGAAGUGAUACGAUCAUUGGACGACCUUCCAGAGGAUAUCUGCCGACGUAUUCAUACCCGAAUGUCACUGCAAAAUGCUGCUCGCUUGGCUUGUGCAUCACACACAUUUCGGAGAUCAUGGAGAUGCUAUCCCAACCUUGACUUACGUCAGAGAACACUAGGUUUGAAUGGAGAUCACAUCAGCAAAGUUGACCAUAUUCUGCAAAAUCACUCGGGCAUUGGCAUGAAGAAACUAAGGAUUGAACUUUUUGACUGCGACAAGGUUGAUCCCUGUUAUAUCAGUAGCUGGCUUCGUGUUGCUGUUACAGCAGGAAUUGAAGAACUCACCCUUUAUCUGCCCGCUACCCCUGAGGACGAAGCAUACUACAGUUUCCCAUACUCGCUUUUAUUUAAUGGGAGUGAAAACUCGAUUCGGUAUCUUGACAUAGGCAUCUGUGCUUUUCGUCCCACGGCUGGGCUUGGGCGCUGGAGAAGCUUGGCAAUUUUAUCUCUGAGUAAUGUGCUGAUUGCUGACGAUGAGCUAGAGGGCCUUCUUUACAAUUGUGCUGCAUUGGAGCAUUUGGGACUCCUGAAUUGCCCGGAGAUAGUUUGCCUGAAGAUACCUUGUCUGCUGUGGCGGCUUAGGGUCCUGAGAGUGUCUUUAUGCAGAAAUCUUCAAGUGAUAGACAGCAAUGCUCCAAAUAUCUCCAUUUUUCACUUCUCUGGUAGUUUAGUAUCGAUUUCAUUCGGAAGUGCAUUGCAAGUAAAGAAUGUACACAUGGAGUGUUUAGAAUUUGGUCAGUCCAACAUUGUCUUGCAUGCUCGGACCAAGCUUCUGUCCUAUGCACCAAAUGUUGAAACACUUGUCAUAUCAUCGCCUAAUGAGAUGACCAGUACACCAACGCUAUCUCGCAAAUUCCUCCACCUCAAGUACUUGCAUAUUUCUCUAAUUGGAAAUGAAGCUAUUUCACCAGAUUAUGAUUAUCUUUCUCUGGUUUCUUUUCUUGAAGCUUCUCCUCGCCUGGAGACUUUCAUCUUGGAAAUACGUCAGCCUUGCAUGGAGCAUGAGUCAGUUCUUUGGAAUGCCCCUCAACUGAGGCGACUACCACAACAGUGCCACACCAGCCUAAAGAGUGUGACGAUAGUGGGCUUCAGCUCCGCGAAGAGCUUGGUCGAGUUGACAUGACACAUUGUGGAGAACGCGACAUCGCUCGAGCGCCUCACCUUGGACACUAGUCAUGGCUGUCAGAGUUCUGGAGGGUGUAGCGUCAAUAUACCUCAGAGAAGGUACUAUACGGAGAGUGGUGCCCUCGAGGCGGCCUCACCUUACAUGUGCAUCCCAAUGGGGGAGGAUAUCAUCAUGGAGACUGUCAAGGCGCGUUUGGCUAUCAGAGUACAUGUCACGGGGAAAGUUCCCUCCAGAGUGAUGUUAGAAGUCGUGGAGCCUUGCAGUUGGUGCUUCGGUGUUGAAGAUGUAGAUGCCUGAUUAGCAUCUGUUGUGCAUGUUGAACCAUGCCAAAUUGUAUUGUCUAUGACGCGUCGUCUUUUCCAAACCAUCAGAAUUGCUUGAUGAUAGUUGUGUGGUUUUCAUAGGUUGUACUUUGUUUCUUAAACUAUCAGAAGUUCGCUAAUGUUCAAUCAUGCAAAACUAUAGUAAUGUUUACAGCAGACAGAUGAGGUCGGGGAAAUGAACUGAAAGCAGGCGGUCGCACAAAUUUUUGUUGCUUCUCCAUUUCCAGACAGAUUAGAGGCCAGCAUGUUAUUUACU